ACUCAUUUCAAACCGGAUGUGUCGAGUGUCAACAAAAUGCAAACACGUGUGGGCUAGAAGAGGAAGAAGCAUGUGUAAUAUUAGUCCUAUAUUUACGCUUCUACGAAGAUACAUAGCUACAUAAUUACAAAAAAAACUAUUAAUGCGUUAAGUUUAAAGGAUAUUCAGUAAAAUGAAGUUUGCUUAUAGGUUUUCCAAUCUGCUCGGAGCAGUCUAUCGUCAGGGAAAUUUGAGUUUCUCUAAAGAUGGCAACGCUGUGAUCAGUCCGGUUGGAAACAGAGUCUCUGUUUUCGACCUGAAAAACAACACAUCUGAGACAUUACCCGUCUCCACUACAAAAAACAUAACAUGUGUGGGUCUCUCUCCUGAUGGGAACAUAGCAGUCGUGGUGGAUGAAGAUGGCGCAGCGAUGUUGGUCAGUCUCAUCACCCGAGCCACCCUUCAUCAUUUCCACUUUCACAAGCCUGUCAGCAGCAUCCGCUUCUCACCUGAUGGCAGGAAGUUUGUUGUUACGAAGGAGAACGUAGCUCUGAUGUACCACGCUCCUGGAAAGCAGCGGGAGUUUAACGCCUUCGUGUUGGACAAGAGCUACUACGGCCCCUACGACGAAACCACCUGCAUCGACUGGACGGACGACUCCAAGUGUUUUGUGGUGGGCAGCAAAGACAUGUCGACGUGGGUGUUUGGUGCAGAGCGCUGGGCCAACCUCAUCUACUACUCCCUGGGUGGACACAAGGACGUCAUCGUGGGCUGCUUCUUUGAGAAGGACAGCCUGGAUCUGUACACGGUGAGCCAGGACGGGACGCUGUGUGUCUGGGAGAGCGACACCGAGCUGGACGGCCUCGUCCUGAAGAAGAGCCAGGAUAAACCCAAGCCCCCGGGGCCGGGGGAGGAAGAGGAGUCUGAGGAGGAAAGAAAUGAGGGAGAAGUCAUCAGAGGGAAAGCAGGAGCUCCCAAAGAGAAGAAUACCAACAACGUUCGAUACAAGCAGAGGAGCAAACACUUCUUCAACAAGGAGGGGGAUUUCAACAACUUGACAGCUGCCGCCUACCACAAGCCGACCCACAUCCUGGUCACAGGCUUCGCCUCUGGAAUCUUCCACCUGCACGAACUCCCAGAGUUUAACCUCAUUCACUCCCUAAGUAUUUCAGACCAGAGAAUCUCCUCAGUGGCUAUAAACAGCUCUGGAGACUGGAUCAGCUUUGGGUGCUCGGGGAUGGGUCAGCUGCUGGUGUGGGAGUGGCAGAGCGAGUCCUACGUCUUCAAGCAGCAGGGACACUUCAACAACAUGGCCUCGCUGGCGUACUCGCCAGACGGACAAUACAUCGUUACAGGAGGCGACGAUGGCAAGGUCAAAGUGUGGAACACCAACAGCGGCCUUUGCUUCGUCACCUUCACAGAGCACACCAGCAGCGUCACCAAGGUAACCUUCACGUCCAGCGGCUUCGUCAUCGUCAGCGCUUCUCUGGACGGGACGGUCAGAGCGUUCGACCUGCACAGGUACAGAAACUUCCGGACGUUCACGUCGCCUCGGCCUGCGCAGUUCUCCUCCCUGGCAGUAGAUGUCAGCGGGGAGCUGGUGAGCGCAGGAGCCCAGGACUCCUUUGAGAUCUUUCUGUGGUCCAUGCAGACAGGGAGACUGCUGGAGGUCCUCGGGGGUCACGAGGGUCCGGUCAGCUGCCUGUGUUUCAGUCCAGUCCAGUCCAUCCUGGCCAGCGCCUCGUGGGACCGCACCAUCCGGCUGUGGGACAUGUUGGACAGCUGGCAGGUCAAAGAAACACUUCCCCUCAGCUCUGAUGGUUUGUCAGUGACUUACCGCCCUGAUGGUCAGGAGUUGGCUGUGGCCACUUUGAACGGUGAAAUCUCUUUCUGGAACCCCCAAACAGCCACACAAACCGGCUCCGUGGCCGGACGCCACGACCUGGAGACGGGCCGCAAAGAGACGGAUAAAAUCACAGCCAAGCAGUCCGCAAAGGGCAAGUCCUUCACGUCGCUGUGCUACUCUGCGGACGGGGAGUCAGUUUUGGCGGGAGGCCAGUCCAAGUUUGUCUGCAUCUACAACGUCAAAGAGCAGAUGCUCAUGAAGAAGUUUGAGAUCUCCUGCAACCUGUCCUUUGAUGCCAUGGAGGAGUUCCUGGACCGACGGAAGAUGACUGAGUUUGGCAGCCUGGCUCUGGUGGACGAGGGAGCUGGAGACGGAGACGGGGUCAACAUCAGCCUCCCUGGAGUCAGGAGAGGUGAUAUGAGUUCUCGACACUUCAAGCCAGAGAUCAGAGUGAGCUCGCUGCGGUUCUCCCCUACUGGGCGUAGCUGGGCGGCCACCACCACUGAGGGCCUGCUGGUCUACUCCCUCGAUGGCUCUCUGGUCUUUGACCCCUACGACCUGGACCUGGACGUGACGCCGGCCAGCAUACGUAAGCAGCUGCGGCUUCAGGAGUGGGCGCCGGCCAUCGUCCUGGCGUUCAGACUCAACGAAAAAGCCCUCAAGCAGGAAGUGUUGGAAACGGUGCCGCACGAGCAGAUCCCAGUAGUUUGCGGCUCUCUUCCUGACAUUUAUGUGGAGAAGCUGCUGGGCUUCUUGGCGGCGAGUUUGGAGAAGUCGGGCCACCUGCAGUUCUACAUGACCUGGGUCCAGAGCCUGCUCAUGCUGCACGGACAGAAACUCAAGAACAGGUCAGGAGCCAUACUGCCCACACUCCAGGCGCUGCAGAAGAGCAUCCAGAGACACUUUGACAAUCUGUCCAAACUGUGUGACUUUAACAUGUUUAACAUUCGCUACGCUGCGGCCCUGUCGAAGCAGAGGGGCCUAAAGAGAGCAGCUGAGGAGGACAAGGGGGGGGAGGAGGAGGAGGAAGAUGAAGAGCUGUCUGAGGAGAUGAGCGUGGCCUCCUUGGAGGAUGCAGACUUGAUGCUGUAAAUCUGAAGCCAAUCCACCUCAUUCCACCAACAUGGACAAUGUCACUGCAAAUGAAGAAAAAUAAUGUUGGACUGUAAAAGUGAACAGAUUUGUGUCUACUUGGAAAAACAUGAUUUUAAACCGUUUUUUAUUAAAUACAUGUAAAUGUG